AUGGAGAGUGAAGCGGAAGAACCUCAGCACGUCGUCCAUAUGAUUAUAGGAGGGACCGGUGUUCCCCAGGGACCCGUGGCCAAACGGAUAAAGGUUUUUGCGGCAACACAAGGACUAACUCGGGGUCGCGUACCUGAGGACACCCUCGCGUUCAGCGAGGAAGACUUCGAGACUCUGUCUCAUCCACACAACGAUGUGAUGCUAAUCUCGUUUCUCUUAAAUUACAUUCAAAUCAAACGUGUACUCGUGGAUCCAGGUAGCUCAGCUAAUAUAAUCAGAUCGACGGUGGUAGAGCAGCUCGGAUUCCUCAACGGCUUCAAUAUGGCCGGCGAAGCAACAAAAAGAGAGAUCACCCUCCCGGUAAACAUAUCCGAUGCAGUUCAAGAUACCAAAUUCUACGUCAUUAAAGGUGACGCAAGGUACAAUGCCUUGCCCGGUAAGCCAUGA